AUGGCUCUGCUGCAACUGAGGUGCACUGGGCACCAGCUCUGUGUGCUGGUCUUCCUUGAGGCUGUUGGAGCCUCAGCCUUGAUGUUCUACGCACUGAUGUGGGAAGCUGGGAACUUGGUCAACCUUCCUCACAAACGCAUCGGCUUUUACAACUUCUGCCUGUGGAAUAAGACAGCUGGGGAGCUGCAGUGCCUGGACCACGAGCACUUGCAGAUGAUGGGUGUUAGCUCAGGAAUGAUCCUGGCAGUACUUUUUGUGUAUCCCUGUCUGGUCAUCAGUAUCUUCUACGCCAUGUUUGUUGCAUGUGUGAAGUGCACAGAUGAGAGAGAGGGCAGGAGGGGGUUCCUCAUCAUACCCCAAAUCAAGAUGAUGCUGCUGUCUGGAGGCCUGAUUAUAUUUCUUUUCCAAACUUCACAGUGGAUUCAACUCUCUGACUUCACUGGGGGCUUCCUGGCACUGCUUGGGACUCUGAUUCUACUACUGCUCCAGAUUUUUACUGCCACUAUGUACCUCAGCCAGGACAGGCUCAUGUCAAAGCAUGAUGACUAA